CCAAUUUUGUUUCGAUGGCCCUGCUUACCCUCGUUAUGUCUGAAAGUUUCCGUAACAGAAUGUUAUACGAAGAAUUCCCAUUUUCCUCUAAUUAGUGUACCGCUUACUAUUGCUUUUGGAUACAAAAUUAUGUCAUCUUUAUGUAAUUAGAGAAUUUUCUGGCCUUGCCAAAAGAGAAGUUGGCACAGCUUCGAAGGAAGUUGCAACGCUAGCAAUUUGGCAAUUGUGCAUUCGUACAAUGGAAGAAAUGGCUAUUGUGGGAAUUAAGGUUUUCUGUUCGAUAACAUUUCCAAUUAUUAGCAAAGCUGUUUGAUACUGCUGACAAUCUCCAUGAAACUUUCUGAAUGAAUGCAGAUCGCUUUGAAUCAGCAUUAAUCACCAUGAAGCAGUGUUAAUUAAUAAUCGUGAAUCAGUGUGAGUGAUCAAGAAUCAUCACGAGUCACAAUAAAGCUGCGAAAGUCGUCGCGAAUCAGCUCAAAUGAUCACGAAUGUCUGUAAAACAAUGUCAAUCUGCAUAAAUAAAAACGAAUCAGCCCGAGAGAUCAAUAACAUUGUAAACGAGUGUCAAUUCUCGCAAUUAUCAACAACCAAUAAACAAGAAUUAUUGCGUUAUUGCAGUACAUUACAAAGGUCAACUCGAAACAAUAGUAAACAUGUAAGACAUCACUGCCAUGACAUUACAAGAUUUGCAGUCAGGAUGGCGACCGUUGAGCUUGUGCCACUAUCUGACAGUGACACUGAGCGGUUGAAGAAGGUUUACCCAACUCCAUUCGUUAAAUAUGGACGGAGGUACAUUAAAGCAAUGCCUGGAAACUGCAUUUUGCCAAAGGCCUAUGAGAAAUUCAAGGAUCGAUAUAAGAAUUGGGAAGCGCGCUCAGAAGACGUUUAUGUUUUUGGCUUUCUGAAAACUGGCACAACCUGGGUACAAGAGCUCGUCUGGUGCCUACAGAACAACUGUGACAUAGACAAGGCCAAAACAGUUUCAGGGCAGAAAAGAAUCCCUUUUUUGGAAACACCAGUUAUUGCAGACUUUCUAGAUGAUGUUCGUCCUCACCUUGAUGGUUACUUCGAAAAGUUAGCUACGAUGGAUUCACCGAGAGUUUUGAAAUCUCACCUUCCAUUUGGCCAUUUUCCAGGCCACUUUAUCGACAAAAGCAGGGUUGUGAUAUGUUUGAGAAAUCCAAAAGAUACAGUAGUCUCGUAUUACCAUCACGAAAAGUUAAUUGGAGUUUUUGAUUACAAUGGGGAUUUUGAAACCUACUUUGAUCUAUUCAUGGAUGGCCUGUUACUUUACACGUCAUAUUUUGAACACAUCCAACAAUUAUGGAAGCAAAGAAACCAUCCAAAAGUUUGCAUAUUGUUCUAUGAAGAACUAAAAGCUGAUUUGGCUGGCAAUAUCAGAAAGGUGGCAAAAUUUCUGGGGAAGGAAAUCGCAGAAGAGCAAGUUGGGAUUUUGGUUGAUCACUUAAGCUUCAAGAAAAUGAAAGAGAACAAUUCUGUGAAUUUAGAAGCUUUUCAAAAUGGAAAGAUGUUGAAGAAAGAAGGGAGCUUCAUUCGGAAAGGGGAGGUAGGAGAUUGGAAGAAUUAUUUCACCGAAGAGAUGAACAAGCGAAUGGAUGAAGCAAUUGAAAAGUAUUUUAAGCCUGUUGGACUUGAAUUUCGCUAUGAGUAAGUUUAGAAGCAGGGGUGCCGUGGAGAUGAACUCGAGGGCUCAGCCCUUCUUUUUCAAAAUCCAGAGAGAUUGCUAGAGCUCAGCGUUCUUUAACGAGCAAACAAAUUUUUGAUUUGGUGAAUUCUAUUCUAUAUAAAUUUGUUGUGAAUGUGCAAUUUGCUACCUGUCUUUUUGAGUUGGUGAAUAAUAUGAAUGAUUUCAGACACACAACCGAGAAUUUUCAACACAAAUGAAGGGGUUGUUGGGUGUGGUUGUGACUUGUGGGUGGGGACAUUCGCCUGGUUUUGAAAGAUGCCUGCGGCCCAAUCUCCUAACAUUCUAGGGCGGCAGCACUUAAUGGGAGUGUCUUGAAGUUUACUCUAUGAGUUUAGUAGAAUUCGAAAUAUUUUAAUGAAAUAAUUAAGCUGGCUUAUUGAUUUUUGUGAAUGUAAAAGGCCAGUUUACACUGUCAUAUUUCCAUCAUACUUGUUCAUGUUUCUUGGGCCAUCGUAUUUCCAUCAAAGAAAUCCGGUGUGUAAACACUCUAAAAAAUUUAAAGUUUCGCUGAAACAAAUCACGAAAGUGGAACUGAUAGUGAUAGUGAGAGCGGUGUCGUUACAAAUGCCUUUGAGAAGAUCGCUGCUACAGCAAUAGUUCUCUGCGGUGCCAUUAGAUUACAGCAUCUCAGAAAAACAACUUUGUGGGUAAAGCCAUGGCUACAGAAAAGAGAAGAAUGGGCUUCAUACCAAAAUUUAGUAAAAGAGUUUCAACUUGCUGACAGAGGCGACUAUAGAAGAUUUUUACGGAUGGAUUGUGAUACCUUUACUUACCUUCCUACUUACCUACCUACCUACCUACCAUCGUUUGAGUUU